AUGGGACGAGGAAAACAAGAGCAUCCUGUCCCCCAUAGGGCUAGUCUGGUAUACGGACGGCUCAAAACGGACAAAGGGGCAGGAGCUGGAAUUUAUAGCAGUGGACCGAAAACAGAAAUCUCUCUGCGGCUAGGGGACACUGCUUCGGUUUUCCAGACAGAGGUAUACGCGAUCUGGGCCUGUGUAGAGCACAUUUCUAAGCUCAACCACAGGAACAAGCACGUAUACAUCUGCAGCGAUAGUUGCGCUGCGCUCAGGGCACUAGAACAAACUGAAGUGUCCUCGAGACUAGUGCGAAAAUGCAUAGACUCCCUAAAUGAAUUAGCAGAGUAUAACAAAGUCAAACUACUGUGGGUACCGGGCCAUAGCGGGAACGCAGGAAAUGACAAAGCAAAUGAGCUGGCGAAAGCGGGAGCUCGUAAAAGAGACCCUGAACCAGUAAUCAGCAUAGCGGUGCCUUUUAGUCUCAUAAAGCAACACGCUUCCCUAUGGACUAACGACAAGUUUCAGGAAGUGUGGGCAGAGGCAAAAGGCAUGAUGCAUACGAGGGCACUUUUUAAAGGACCCUCCAAGACAUUAGGCUUGUCCUUGAUAGGGCUCGACAAGAAGCUGCUAAGGCUAACUGUCGGGUAUAUCACAGGACACUGGCUAACCGGCAGGCAUCUGAGACGCCUAGGCAUCUCAGAUCACUCGAUGUGCCCCAGAUGCCUAUCGGAGGAGGAAACUCCUCUACAUCUAAUCCUCCAUUGCAGAAAACUGGCAACAGCCCGAAAGGACAUACUAGGAUUCUGCGAUGGAGAGUCUAUUGAUAUACAGGAGAUUGGCGUGGGACAGUUGCUUCACUUCUUGAAGCAGACAGGCCUGGCCAAUCUCCAAGAUAUAUAA